AUGACACUCUCCGAACAGUUCAGCAACUUGUUGAAGUACCUCAACAGCGACAAUCUGUUGGACAGGGCCACCUUUGGCCUUGACAUCAACAAGGAGUCGUUCUGGUAUAAGCUUCUUACCUGGAGAGCCACCGACGUGGUGCUUAUCGCGGUGCUAUACUUCAUCUACAUCGUCACCUACGACCUGGCCCCGUUCGAGAGACAGUUCUAUGUCAACGACCUCACGAUCUCCCAUCCAUUUGCUGAGCACGAACGUGUCGAUGGCACCCAGCUCAUGCUCUACGCCGUGUGGAUCCCGCUUGCCAUCAUCGUGGCUGCAGGCUUGGUGUUCACCAAGCCCAAGAACAAGGUCUACGUGACGUACGUGGCCGUAGUGGGUCUUGGAGUGUCUACUUUUACCACCAGUGUUUUGACGGACCUACUCAAGAACUACAUCGGUAGACACCGUCCCGACUUCCUCAGCAGGUGUGUUCCCAAGCCAGACACCCCUAAAGACGUGUUGGUGUUUGCCAAGGAUGUUUGCACUACCAAGAACUUGGAACUACUCAGAGAUGGCUUCAGAACCACUCCCUCGGGUCACUCCUCCCUCAGCUUCUCUGGUUUGUUAUACUUGUCGCUCUUCUUGGCAGGCCAACUUGUGGUCACCAACAAGUAUGUGGGUGCUUGGAGAACCGUCUUGUGUGCCUUACCCACAGUAGGUGCAGCAUUGAUCGCAUUGAGUCGUACCGAGGAUUACAGACAUCACUUCGUGGAUAUCUUGAUUGGUAGCACCAUCGGUAUUAUCAUUGCGAUCUGGACUUACUUCAGAUUGUUCCCCAGUUUGAGUCAUCGUAAACCCUACGAACCAAUCUUGUUGCAAAAGGAAGAUGAAGGGGAAGGUUACAAUAUCAUCAACGAGCAAGUUUAG